GUUGUGUCGUUGUUUUGACAUUAGUCCAAGAUGGCGGUACAAUCCCUCGAAGAUUCGUGAAAAAUAACUAUUGCAUUUAGAAAACUAUCGUUAAUCAAUUUGUCAAUGAAAAAUGGAGGCUGGUGCGAGUACCGGGACUCGCACAACGCGAUUUAUGAUGGAAGGAGUUGGUGCCAGAGUCAUUCGUGGUCCGGAAUGGAAAUGGGGGAAACAGGAUGGCGGCGAAGGCCACGUUGGAACUGUUCGUAAUUUCGAAUCCCCGGAGGAAGUUGUUGUCGUUUGGGAUAACGGAACUGCAGCAAAUUAUCGAUGCUCAGGAGCAUUUGAUCUGCGUAUACUAGAUUCAGCUCCAACAGGCGUCAAGCAUGAUGGCACUAUGUGUGACACCUGUCGCCAACAGCCUAUUUUUGGCAUCAGAUGGAAAUGUGCAGAGUGCGGUAACUACGAUUUAUGCUCCAUUUGCUAUCACGGAGACAAACAUCACCUGAGACACAGGUUUUAUCGAAUUGCUACCCCAGGCAGUGAGAGAGUCUUGUUGGAGCCAAGACGGAAGAGUAAAAAGAUUGCAAUCCGUGGAAUUUUCCCUGGUGCCAGAGUUGUAAGAGGUGUUGACUGGCAAUGGGAGGAUCAGGAUGGUGGUAAUGGUCGUAGAGGCAAAGUUGCUGAGAUGCAAGAUUGGUCUGCCGCUAGUCCUAGAUCGGCUGCCUAUGUUGUUUGGGAUAAUGGAGCGAAAAAUCUUUACCGUGUUGGAUUUGAGGGAAUGGCUGAUCUGAAAGUGGUGAAUGAUGCGAAAGGACAAACUGUGUACAGGGAUCAUCUACCGCUUUUGGGUGAACAGGCUCCCGGUCGCACAGGUCCACAUGGUCUUCAAAUUGGAGAUCAAGUGAACGUUGACUUGGAGUUGGAAAUAGUGCAAUCUCUGCAGCAUGGUCAUGGCGGUUGGACAGAUGGAAUGUUUGAAUGUUUAGGGACGACUGGAACUGUUGUGGGAAUAGAUGAAGAUCACGACAUAGUCGUAUCAUACCCAAGUGGAAAUCGAUGGACAUUCAAUCCUGCAGUUUUAACCAAAGUACAGAUUUCUGCGUCUGCUACUAGCUCAAGUACUGAUAAUCAGACCUUUGCAGUCGGAGAUUUAGUGCAGAUUUCUAAUGAUUUGGAAAAAAUCAAACUCCUCCAAAGUGGACAUGGCGAAUGGGCCGAAGCUAUGGUUCCGACACUUGGAAAAGUUGGACGGGUACAGCAAAUAUAUCACGAUGGAGACCUUAAAGUUGAUGUAUGCAGUACUUCUUGGACGUACAACCCUCAAGCAGUUACGAAAGUAGCCAGCAGCGAUGGUUGCGUACCUGGAAAUACCAGCGGAGAACGUUUAUCCGCACUUCUUAAAAAAUUGUUUGAAUCUCAUGUCUCUGGUGACGUUAAUGAAGAAUUGGUAAAAACCGCUGCUAAUGGGGAUGCUGCCAAAUGCGAAGAAAGUUUGAAGCGACCUGAAGCAGACGUGAAUGGGGUCUUUGCUGGUCACACUGCACUUCAAGCUGCUAGCCAGAAUGGUCACCUAGAAGUCAUCAAAAUUCUUCUACGUUACAAAGCAGACGUAGAAAUUGAGGAUAAAGAUGGAGACAGGGCAGUUCAUCACGCAGCUUUUGGCGAUGAGCCUGGCGUAAUGGCAUUGCUGGCCGGAGCAGGAGCGGAUCUUAAUGCUCGCAAUAAACGGCGUCAAACUGCACUUCAUAUAGCGGUAAAUAAGGGCCAUGCCGGUGUCGUACGAACGUUGCUGGAGCUCGGCUGUCAUCCAAGCCUCCAGGACUCUGAAGGAGACACGCCACUUCACGACGCCAUCUCCAAGAAGCGGGACGACAUGCUGGCUCUGUUGCUGGAUCAUGCGGCUGACAUAACACUCACAAACAACAAUGGAUUCAACGCGCUACAUCACGCUGCUCUACGUGGAAAUCCAAGUGCGAUGCGUGUUCUCCUUUCGAAACUUCCGAGGCCGUGGAUAGUGGAUGAAAAGAAGGACGAUGGGUACACGGCCCUGCACCUAGCCGCCCUUAACAACCACGUAGAAGUUGCCGAGCAAUUAGCGCAAGCCGGCAAAGCCGACUUAGACUUGCAGAACGUAAAUCUGCAGACCGCUUUACACCUAGCCGUCGAAAGGCAGCACACACAGAUAGUGAGGCUCCUGGUCCGCGAAGGUGCGAAUUUAAACGUGGCUGACAAAGACGGAGAUACACCGCUGCACGAAGCUCUGAGACAUCACACGUUGUCCCAGUUACGACAACUCCAGGAUGUUCAGGACGUCGGUAGACUUCUUAUGGGUCUUGGGGCCCAGGGCCAGGAUAAAAAGAGCAGUGCGUCUAUCGCCUGCUUCCUGGCUGCUCACGGGGCCGAUCUUACCCUGAAAAAUAAGAAAGGACAAACUCCUCUCGACCUCUGCCCUGAUCCAAACCUCUGCAAAACUUUGACCAAAUGCCACAAGGACAAAGAAUCGCACGACAUCGAAGCUCCUGUACCGUCAGCAGCAAUCGACGAAUGUCUGGUAUGUUCGGAUGGAAAGAGAGAGACUCUAUUUAACCCCUGUGGACACGUAGCUUGCUGCAACGUCUGUGCACCUAGAGUAAAGAAGUGUCUGAUCUGCCGAGAAAAUGUUUUAUCUAGAAUUAAGAUUGAAGAAUGCGUCGUUUGCUCUGACCGUAAAGCAGGAGUACUAUUUCGACCCUGCAGUCACAUGUGUGCUUGCGAAAGUUGUGCCUCGUUGAUGAAAAAGUGCGUCCAAUGCCGCGCUCAAAUUCAACACAUGGUACCGCUCUCCAUAUGCUGCGGAGGAGGAGGUACCAUAUCCGAAGUGAAAGCGGAUCCCGAAGAAGAGCCAGCGCCUCUAAUUCCUAAUGAAGGAGAAGCUACGCUGAUGAAUAACGGAAGCCGUGAUACGUCGCACAGUGACAUACAAAAACUCCAGCAACAGCUGCAAGACAUUAAGGAACAGACAAUGUGCCCAGUUUGCUUAGAUCGUCUGAAAAAUAUGAUCUUCCUUUGCGGACAUGGCACAUGCCAGAUGUGCGGUGAUCGAAUGUCCGAAUGCCCGAUCUGUCGAAAAGCCGUCGAUAAACGCAUUUUGCUUUAUUAGAGAAGGUAAAAUUAGUUUUAUCAGUUCAAUUAUAAUAACAUUAUACAUAAAAUAGUCUGAUAUGCUGUCGGGGUCACUAUACCGAAGUACGCUUAAUAUUUACACUAAAGCAUCUAAUAAAUGUCGGCAUUGUGAUGAACAUUGCUGCCUGUGAUCUGUGAUGCAAUAUUGCAGUUGAUGGAAAAUGUGUUAGGAUUCUUUUACAUGAUGGUUUUUGGUAACAAAAAAUUGCGAUCCUGCUGUUCAAUAUACAAUUUCUUUCUUUAUUUAUAUCAUUAUCACAAUAUCGUUCAUAAGCAUACUCGAUUCAUAUACAGCAGCACAGAAAUCAAUUUCAACAACAGCUUAUACAGAAAAACCUUUCACGUUGCCAAGACUAAUUUGUGAGAAUCCUGUUUUAGAAUCUGUUAGUAUUUUAGAAUUGUAAAUAUAGCUCUGACAAUUUUUUAUCUUGAUCGUGAUUCCGUCGACAAAGAUUUGACAAUCUUGAACCUAAAUUUAUAUUAAUUUCUUCUUCCAGCUGGUUGGCCUAUUUAAAUUUAGUUAACGGAUAAACUAAUGAUUAUUGUUAUAUAAGUAUCAAUUGUACAGUAUUUGUUACUGCAUUUUUCCGUGCAUUUAUAAUUGGUAAAUAUUUACUGUCUGUUCUUCCGAUUAAAUCGAACCAUCGUAAUAUUCCGUGGAAAAAAUUAUUUGUAAUUAUUAAAUCUAGAAAGCCGAUAUAAGAUAAUAACUUCAAAAUAAUCCUCCAGUAAUAAUCGUUUUAAUAAAAAUACUCGCAUCAAAUUGUCUUAGAAAAUCCGAUGCAAAAAAUUUUGCAAUUGAUUUUAUUAUUCAUCUCUCGUGGUGAUGGUGGUGGUGAAAAUUCUAAUCGUGUUCGGCAACGAAUCUGCGUAGUGUGUACGUUUGAAUCCGCCUUAAUUAGAUACGCAAUACUACAAUUAGAAUAAGAACUAAACCAGAUUGUUCUUCAGAGGUUGAAUAACAGCACACCUUUGCUGCACUUUAGACAGAUUUGGUAAAGUUCGUCUAUUGGUUUAAAUAUUUUAUUUUAGAGCAACUUCUGAAGUUCAACGUAAACGAUAAUUUAUCACGCUGCAGUCACUAUAGUACUUAAGUACUCAUGAAUAGUAGAUACGUACCUACACGAUAUCUAAUAAUAUAGUAAAUAUAAUUUACAAGCUAAUGAUAUUAAUUAUUAGUCGCGUAUUAUAAGAAGCAUUUAUUGCGAUGGAUUGCGGACUUAAAGAUUUCCAUACAUUUUCAGACAAUGUUAUGAGUUCGCGAAUGUGGAAUCUCAUUGUUGAGGGAAUUGGGAUGGUGUUGAAAACGAUGCACUUACAUAGUGUUGAGUAAAUUUCUACCGUUACUAAUACACGCGUUAAAUUUUAAAAAUAAUUUCUUACCAGUUUGACUGGUGGUGGCAAUUCAAGCCAUUCGAUAACACAAAACUCUUCCAUUAAUGGGAUUUUGAUAAGGUAGAGGGAUUUUUAGGUAGCUGCACUUCGUAUUCCAGCAUAAUACCGCUAUAUCCUUGCUAUGAUGCCUAUACAUACCUACAUGUAAUUGUCGCGUGUAAUAAACACCUUGAUUGUAAUGUUACAUAUAUAUAUAUAUAUAAAUAUAGUAAAUAAAUCUAACACGCAUCUCACGGGUGAACAGAUGUUACGGUACAAUGGGUUAAAUAAGAAUGCCGAAUGUUCUCUUAAGUAGCAAUAAUUACGAAAUUUAAAUCUGCCCUUAAUUUUUUAUCCUUCUAAGUUCCCACAAGACUUCUUCGAGACUUCACCAACUCUAAUUAAAAAUUUGAACUGAUUUAUUUAUUUGGUGAAAUAAAACACAAGGUCUGUAUGAAAAAUUAUUUAUUUUUAUCAAUUAUGUAGAUGAUAUUACACUGUUCAUUAGGACGAGUAUAAAGCCGUGUAUGUAUAUAAUCAAAAAACAAAUGUUUACAGUUUUAGAUGAGUUUUGACUGCAGACGGAGGAUACAAUAAGUGCAUAAUGGUUUGUGGUAGAGAAAUAGCGUUACCUUUUUUUCACGUGAAAGCAAUAAUCACCUAACUGCUAUGAACAAAAACUAAAAUCUCAUUAAAAUAUACAACUCUUACAAAAAUUUUUUUUUACACACUCGUGCAAACUCAUAUACUCCUUUCAUCAAUUGACGUCAUCAAAGUUAGACCGAUCGCUAGUUUGAGUAAUGUGGCGAAAAAACAACUCUUAAAAGUGACUUCAACGUUACCGUAUCUGAAUGAAUAUAAUUUUUUUCAUGUGAACAAAAGAAAGAGAAAUAGUCAAAGAAAAGUGUGAAUUUUUGUAUAACGGAAUAAAGAUUGCUGCCAAUGGUUCACUAAAUAACUUACUAUAUGUAUGCAUGACGAGACGCAAGGGCAUGUGCGUAAGCUUAAUUGAAGUUUAUUUAUUACGUUAUAUAAAUAUUUCAUUACAUUAAUCCUCGAGCGAUUCCUAUUCUUCAUAUUAUGAAGUAUUUAAUUUUUUCAACAGACAACAAUUAUGGCUGUUGUCUAACUGCUGUGGCGCAUUAUAUAUAUUUUAUCUUAUUUUUCGUUUCAUGUCUUUUUGAGUAAUUUUAGUCUCGAAGGAAAAAAAAUAUAAUUGCCUUUGCGGCCCAUUCUCCACCCGAUUAUUAGUAAUUAGUAUAAUUUCAAUUACUGAGUUUAUAGUACGGUGAAAUGCUUUCGUACUACCAGGCAGAACUCCCAUAAUGUGAUAUUGCACGUUCGUUAUUAUGAAAAAUUGCUCCCUUCGUACCAUUUUCACAUUACAACCACGUUAGUCAUUAGGUUCCAAAAUUAUCCACAAAACGAGUCAUUAAAUCAUCUAAAUAAUCAAGAGUAUGUAAAUAUGCA